AUGAAUAAUUAAUUUGAGAUUAUAAAAAAGGUUUGGGCAUCAAAGAAAAUUUGGUCCUUUUUCAAAUAUUAAAGUCUUUUGAACCAAAGAUUGAAAGAACUAAUAAAAGAAUAAGAUCCUAAAAUUCAAAGUGUUAUUCAAUUAAAAGAGAAUAAAGAAUAAAUUGAAAUAUCUAAUAAGUAAUUUACAAACGUAUGCACUAAAGCUUUAGAAAAUUAAGCAAGCCUUAUGAAACCAUUAAUAUUGCUCAAUAAUAGAAACUUAAUUAACAAUUAGAAGUAUAUACUAGAUAUUUUAUAAAUAAUUUAUUAUUCUACAAAUGAUGAAGAAUCUAAUUAUAUAGUAGAAACUUUAAAGAAUCCAAACAAAUUUAAAGAAUAGAAAUAAGUAAUAUUAUGAUUUAAUUUAUUAGUUAUAUAAAAUACUAGAAUUGAUUUUCAUAAUUCUUCAAAAUUAAAUAUCAGAAACAACUAAAUAUUAAAUUUUAAUAAGUUUAGAUUCCAUAUUAAAAUCAUUUAUGAAAUGUUCAUAAAAUAAUCCUUAAAUAUUAUAAAACUUAAGAUAGUAUUAAAAAUACAAUAGAAUUAUAUAAUGCACAACAUCUUAUUAAGGAAUAGAUUAAUUUAUAAAAGCUAUAACAUCUUUUGAUUGUAAAUUAAAAUCAAAUUUGACACCAGAAAUAAUAGAAACUAUUUUGAAUAAUGUAUUACAACAAUUAGAUUGUGUAAUUUGUUACAAUGCAAUGAAUGAUCCUGUAUCUAUGAAAUGUGGACAUAGUUUUUGUAAAGCAUGUAUGACAUAGGAUUAAAAUAAUUCUAAGAAAUGUCCAAUUUGUAGGUAUUAUUAAUGAAAUAUUUAGAAUGGAGUAGGUAGAUGAGAUUUAUUUAAGUGAAAACAAUAAAUUCUUAACAAAGUUGAUUUAACUAAGAUUAAAUUUUGAGAAUUAGUAAAAUUUAAAGUAAGAUGAUGAUACCUAAAAUUAUUAUAAUAUUUAUAUAAAACCAUAAAGUAGAGAGGUAUAUGAAAAGAAAAUUGUAUUAAGAACAAAGUAAUCACUCAAAUAUUUAAUUGAAGAAGAAGUUGAAAUAGAUACAAUUAAAUUUAGAUCACUUAAUAUAGUUUAGUUUUAACAAUUAUUAUAGUAAAAUCUAAUUUUUAUUCUUGUUGAUAAAAAUGAAAAUGCUUAUUUAGUGAAAAAUGUAUUGACACAUAUAAGCAAGAGCAAGACAAGAAUUAAAGUUGAAUAUUAAGAUAAAAUACAAAUUGUACAUUAAUAUUUCUCAAAUAUUUUCCUUAAUAUUGAAAAUGUAGAAUAUAUUUUUGAAUCCUUAUUUGCAACAGCAAUUACAUUAGAAGAUCAACAUAUAGAUCUUACUAAUAUUGAAAUAUAAAAUUAAUUGUCUAAUUCAAUUAAUAAUAUAAAAGAAUUCUUUAAUUAGGCUCUUCUAAAUUAGUAGUAAGAUUAAACAUAUUAAACUAUUCAUUCAUUUUUAGCAUAAGUAGGAUUUUGGAGUCUAUAAAAUUCAGAUAUAAUUAAUAAUUAUGAUUAAAUGAAAAAAUAUUCAUAUCUAAUACCAAAUAUAUUAAGAAUACCAGAAAAAGAGAGAGUGUAAAUUUAACAAAUCAAUAAUUUAAUAAUAAGGUUGCAGAUGAUUGAAAAAAGUCUUUUGAGAUUCAAAUAAUGCUCAAAUAUAUUAAUGAUAUUUAUUAUUCAAAGAUAGAAUUAAGAUUCAAAGAGAAAUAUCAUAAUUUCUAUUUUAGUAUUUUUAUUUUUGUCAUUUGCCCUAUAGUUGUGA